GGUAUAAAUCUGAAGCAGAAGAUCUGGAAAAACAAGUGUCAGUUUUACAAAGUGAGGUUAAUAAAUUAAAAGAAGAGCUUGAAAAGAAGAGUAAAGAGAAAGAAGAGAAACCGAGCUCCUCGUUGCAAAAGAACGAGAAAUCAAACGAAAUACAGGAAAAGUCCAAAGAAGAAAACAACGACAAAGAACUCAAACAAAAAAGCACAGAGAUUGAAAAAUUAACUAACCAAUUAGAAGACGAAAGGAGAAAACACAGUGCAGAUGUUGAAGAAAUGAAAAGGAAGAACAAAGAAGAAAAGGAGACACACCAAAAAGAUAUUACCGAAAAAACAAAAGAACUUGAGAAAUUAAAGCGCCAGUUAGAGGAUGAAAAAAGGAAAAAUGAAGAUAAAAAAGGAGUUCAGGAAGAUGGAAAUGUAAAGAUGAUUAAAGACUUAGAAAAAUCUAUAGAAGAAUUGCAAAGAAAACACAAAGCAGAUGUUGAAGAUCUGAAAAAGAAGCACAAUGAAGAAAACGAGAAACACAAAGAAACUAUAACAGAAAAAACAAAAGAACUUGAAAAAGUAACCCGACAGCUCAAGGAUGAAACAGGGAAAAACAAAGAUAAAGAAGCAGUGCGGGAAAAUGAAAAUGUGAAAAGAAUUAAAGAACUAGAAAACAUUAUAGAAGAAUUGAAAACGGAAAAUAAAAUACUUCAAGAAGAUUUCGAAAAAAGAAAGUCCAAAAAUCAACCGAAACUAACAAAGACAUCAGAUGACAUAUUAGCUUUGAAAGAAGAGAAUGAUUCUCUCAAAAACAGACUCAGUCAGCUGGCGGGUGCCAAACUAACGGAAGGAAAUCCUAAUAUUGCGGAUCUCAGCGACAAGAACAGGCCUAUCAAUUUGGCAGAAAAAUUCUCAGAACUUUAUGACAAUGAAUGGACAGAUGCAUUAGAAGAGAUAAUGGAUAAUGAAAAGAAAAGUGAAGAGGAAGGAAUUAAUGUUUUGUUUCAUAUAGUCAAGGAUGCGUAUGAAUUUUGCAGCAAGCAGUCCACUACUCUCUACAAGUCAAUGACAGAAGGUAUAAAGAACCUUGGACUGUCAGAGGAAACGUUGUGGCCUCAAGGACUUUCCAAACAAAUUAAAGAUCACAGGAAAUCCAUUUCAGUUUUAGUUUCCAACAAUCUGAGUAAGGAAUUCCUAGAAACCCAGAAACACAAAGGUGGAAAAGCAACAACGAAGUAUGCAGAGGCCUGUGCUGUCCUAUGCUGGUUUAUGUGUGUCCAGGACCCACCUGUCUAUAUGGACCCUAGUGUCCCGACAGGGAACUUUGACACAGACAAAUACAGGGCAUACACAAAAACUGGGAAAGAUUACAAAUUCCUUGUUUGGCCGCCACUGUACCUACACAAAGAUGGGCCAAUGCUCGGAAAAGGGAUUGCUCAAGGAAAAUAAAGCAUUCAAUUAUUAUUGUCAAAUUUAAAAAACUCAAUAUUUCAGAUGAAUAUACACUUAAGCAUUGAUAAAUGAUACGAAUUGAUUUUAAUGGUUGAUAAAAUACUGUCCUUUAUUUGGAUUUUACACUGUCAUCAGUGAGCAAAUAUUUACCUAGUCAUUAGCUAAAGCGAACACUUACCUAUCUGUUCUUCACAAAGGAUAUUGAAAAAAAAUGAGGAUCGAAACAUCCAUUGUUCAACUUAGCACUUUCCUUUAAACAAUAAAUCCCAAGCUCUAGCAGAUGUAUUGACAUAUCAAGUUUAAUUUCUGAACUUUUAAAUCGCUUUUGAUAUUUGACAUUUAAUCGAGAUAUGUCAUUAAAAUUGGUAAAAGGAAUCAGGCUUGUUUAAUAGUAGAGAAAACAUAAACAGCCAAGCAUCACUGAUGUUUUUUUUUUCUCUCUGGUAUCACUGGGAUGAACAAGCAAACCCCGAGGUAUGUCUGAGUGAAAUGUCUACUGCAGUUAGGUUGUGUAUCUAAUUUAUUUUGUUAGACUUUGCUUUAUUGUUACUUUAUGUUAAACAAUGGAAAUAUAACUCAGUUUAAAGAAAAAUGGUAAUCAAAUAGAUUUUUUAGCAGGUACUCCUUCGAAAUAUAAAAUAAU